AACCGAGCUGGACCCCGCACAGCCUCCGGGACACAGAGACCCACCGGGGAGGACGGCAUUGCUUAAAACACCAGAGUCCACUUUCAGUCCGCUUCCACCUCCUUUUAACUCUCCUGCACCGACCGACGAGCUGAAGAUGAACCCCAGCGGGACCCGUAGCGGGAGGACUUUCCUCUUCACAUCCGAGUCUGUUGGAGAGGGACACUCCGAUAAAAUGUGUGAUCAGAUCAGUGACGCUGUACUUGAUGCGUACCUGAGUCAAGACCCCGACUCUAAAGUGGCCUGUGAAUGUGUGGCGAAGACGGGAAUGAUUUUACUGGUUGGAGAAGUGACAUCUAAAGCCAAAGUGGACCUGCAGUCAGUGGUCCGAGAUACCGUGAAGGCGAUUGGCUACGAUAAAUCCUCCAAAGGUUUCGACUAUAAGACCUGCAACGUGCUGCUGGCUCUGGAGCCGCAGUGUGCCGAGAUAUCAGACUGUGUGUUCGAAGGCAGGGACCAGGAGGACAUCGGUGCCGGAGACCAGGGUUUCAUGUUCGGCUACGCCACGGAUGAGACCGAGGAGUGCAUGCCCUUAACCAUCCUCCUGGCUCACAAACUCAACUACAGGAUGAAGGAGCUGUCACGCAACGGAGAGUGUCCCUGGAUCCUACCAGACGCCAAAUCACAAGUCACAGUGGAGUACAGAGACAACAUGGGAGCCAUGGAGCCGCUGCGCGUUCACACCGUCGUCAUCUCAGUACAACACAGCCCGGACAUCGGCCUGGAGGAGAUCAGACACAAUCUGAUGGAGAAGGUGGUGAAGGUCAUCAUUCCUGCCAAGUACUUGGACGCCAAGACCAUCUACCAUCUCCUGCCGAGUGGGAAAUUCCUUAUGGGUGGUCCACAGAGUGACGCAGGACUCACAGGGCGUAAGAUCAUAGUGGACACUUACGGAGGAUGGGGCGGGCACGGAGGAGGGGCUUUCUCCGGAAAAGACUACUCCAAAGUGGAUCGGUCCGGAGCGUACGCGGCUCGCUGGGUCGCCAAGUCCUUGGUCAAAGCGGGACUGUGCAGGAGAGCCCUCAUUCAGAUCUCCUACGCGAUCGGUGUGAGCCAUCCACUCGCCAUCUCAGUGUUUCACUACGGCACGUCGAACAGGGACGAGGACGAGCUGCUGCAGAUUGUACAGAAGAACUUUGACCUUCGGCCUGGAGUCAUUGUGAAGGAGCUGGGGUUGAAGCGGCCCAUCUACCAAGCCACUGCCUGCUACGGACACUUUGGCAGAGACGAGUUCCCCUGGGAGAAAGCAAAGCCUCUGGUGUUCUGAGUUUGGCGGUCGAUCACGUUCCAGUUUUUAAACAAUCCAGAGGUCCAGUUUGAGUCAGAAUCCACAUCAGCUAAAUACAACUGAAACAUAAAUGUCUUUAAACGGUGCAGUCACGGCCUUUGUGGAUCCUUUCUAAAAUCAUGAUUGAGGUUCUUUCCUGUAAGAGAAACUGUAGUUAUUUUUUAAAGAUAAUUAUGCAAUAAAUGUGACAUUUUUAGAGAAUCUUGAAGUAACUGAUCUGAGACAACUUUAUAAACAAUCAUGUAUUUUGGUAAAAUGAUAUUUGAUGAUUAAAAAGCUGCAGAA